AUGACAGAUCAGCAGCCAGUCGACACUAGCACGGAAAUUGCUACAACUGAUAAACCAAAAUCAAAAUAUGACAAGACAAAAAUAUUUCUCUACAUUGCAAUGGGUUUAUCAGCAUGGGGUGAUAGAAUGUGGAAUUUUGCUGUUGGCAUUUACUUUAUAUCUCUCAAUCCAAAUAAUCUUCAAAGUGUCGCUUUGAAUGGUGUUGCACUUAAUUUAGCUGUGAUUUUAUUUGGAGGAGCCAUUGGCGAUUGGAUAGAUCGUAAUCAACGUUUACCAGCUCUUCGAAAAGCAUUAUACUUUCAAAAUUUAUCUGUAUCUGUUAUGGCUGUAUUAGUCGUUAUUGCUCUAUACAAUCAAUCUUGGUUGCCAUCAUAUUGGAUGCUUAUAAUUCAAGGUAUUUUGAUUGGUAUUGGUAUGAUAGCAACACUAUCUAGUGUAGCAUGUAAAGUAUCAAUAUCAAAAGAUUGGGUUGUAGCAUUAUAUGGUUCUGAUCGGCAAAACUUAGCUAAUACGAAUGCAACGCUUCGUCGAAUCGAUCUUAUUAGUGGUGUAUUAGCACCAAUUUUAACCGGUGCUGUCAUGGCAUUUACAUCAAGAUGGCUUAGUGCUGUAUUGAUUGCUGGUUGGAAUGUUGUUUCACUUUGUUUUGAACUUUUAUUAUAUACAAGAGUCUAUGGAUAUGCUCAUGAUGUCUUAUCGAAUAAAAUAUCAGCUGCAAAAUCGAACGAAAAAUUAGCUGAAAAAAGAGAAGGACCAAUAAGAAAGUUCUUUUCAUCUCUCCAAGGUUUAGGAACAUAUGCUUCGUUAUCCGUAUUUUUACCAGGGCUUUCACUUGCAUUACUAUAUUUGACUGUUUUGAGUUUUGAUUCUGUUACACGAGCUUAUGUUAUUGAACAAGGUUUAUCAGAAGUUUUGUUGGGUUUAUUGAAUGGCUUAGGAUCAAUUAUUGGUAUUAUUGGUACUCUUGCUUAUCCUAUUUUUGUAAAACGUAUAGGUUUGGUGCGUACCGGUGUUAUUGGUUUUUGGUCGGAAUUCUCAAUGUUAAUUCUUUGCUUAUUAUCGUUAUUUGUUCAUGGAACAUCAUUUAUUCCAUUUGAAAAGUUUACAGCUGUUUCAUGCCAUUAUUAUGAUACAUACUCGAAUAGUACUAAUGCUACAUCAACUUUAAUGCACCUUCCUUGCUCAAAUUCCAAAUUAUCCGUCUUGUUACUUGUCAUUGGUAUAACUCUCAAUCGAUUCGGUUUAUGGAUUGCUGAUUUAACUGUAAGUCAGUUACAGCAAGAACGUGUUCCAGAAAAAAUUCGUGGCCGUAUUGGCGGUACACAACAUUCACUCAAUCAACUUUUUGAUUUAAUUCGUUAUACACUUAUUAUUUGUUUACCACACAUGCCACAAUUUGGAUAUCAUAUUUGUUUAUCAGUUUUAUCUGUAUUUACGGCAUCACUUAUCUAUACAAUAUGGUCAUGUUCAACAGCUUCUCAGCUUGUUCCACCAGCUGCUGAUAUUGAAAUGACUGAGAAAAAUGCUGACCUAGCCGGAUAUUACGAGACUGAGCUUGGUGAAAAGCUCAAUUAUGUUGAUAAUGAGGAGGACAAAGUCUAA